AACGUAAUGAUUUAUAUUUUGUCUAAAAUAUUAGUGGAAAAUGUUUUUGUUCGCAAUGAUAGAUAUUUGUAGUGACUCCUAGAUAUUAUACACAAUUCGUAAAUUACAACAAAGUAAUAUGUAAUGGGAAUAUGUAUUUUCCCGUUGGUUGGCCCAAAGUUUUAAAAUUACCCGAAUUGGGUAACUCCGUUAUAAAGCACAUAACAUCAAAUCGAGACCGAAUUUUGUUUGCUAUUCUUGCUGACGAUUGCUUAGGAGUAUGGUUUUGCAGACCAUGUGUACCCAUAACGUUCCACCGUCGUUCUGUUUCGUCCAUAGAAAAAUAUGGGACAAAUGUUAUUGCAGAAUGGAAACCAGAUUCAAGUAUGAUUGUUAUUGCAACAUCUGAAGGGCACUUGUUGUUCUACAAGGUUGAAGUUGCACAGGAUCACAAAGGUUUAUACCACCAAACAGACACUCCAAAUUUAAAUCUUAGAAGAGACAGCGCUGAAUUAUUUAUAAAGGAAUCCAUUCCACCAUUAACAUUAAUUUUGGUGGAAGAAAUAGCUUUGUGGGAUGGAAGAAUCACAGGAGUGGUGUGCAUAACGAUGAUGGAAAUAAUGUUGUCUACGACAAACAAUCAUGUACUCAGGUACCGUUGGGACGGUACCCAAAACCGAGAUUACACUCUAGAUUUGAGAAGAAUUCCCUUUUGCAUAAACCAACAGGUCGCGAAAGCCGUGCCUAUAGUCGAAGAUAACAUUUUCAUCAUCGAUAUUGAAUACUCUCCGUUGGUAGGCGGUUUUUCCAUAGUUCUAAACGAUGGCAGGGCCGCAUUUUUGACAGCGCCUACCUUAAAAUUCGACCCUAAUCAGGUCCAAGGGAUAUGGGCGCAGGGCAUCGAUAACGCAACAUGUACGAACAUCAAUCAUAAAUUCCGUUUAAUUACAUAUGGGCGUACAAAUUCCGAGUGCAUAGUAUAUACUAUUGAUGAAACGACAGGCGGUUUGGAAGUGUCUCAUACUUGUAUUUUAAGCAGUAAGGAUUAUCCUGGAGAUCCAGGGAGUAUUGAAAAAGUGUUAUGGACGCCCGAUGGUUGCGCAUUGGCUGUGGCUUGGUCGAAAGGUGGAGUGGCCCUAUGGUCAACAUUCGGAGCGCUUCUUAUGUGUUCAUUAGGCUGGGAUUACGGUUUGAACAUGGACUUGGAAAAGUGUAAUCCACUCCAUGUUUCUUGUAUGGAAUUUUCCACAGAGGGCUACCAAUUGUGGAUGGUCAGGAAACAGUUUCAGAAAGAUUCUGAUAAAUUUAACGCGAGUUUAGUUCAAUUGGAAUUAGUAAAAAGUGCCUUAUCGGUCAAUCCAUGCAUGAGCCUCCAAAGCCAUUUGUAUUUACAAGGAGAGGAUAAGCUCUACGUCAAUUCAGCCAAGACCUUCAUAAGAGUAUUCUCCGAGAAAACCAAAAAAGAAGACUUAUUCAGCGAAAAUGCCUUUUCUACGUCGACUAUGCUCGCCGAAGGGCGACAAUGGCUCGUGAUAUCAGUUCCUUCGACCUACUAUUCAACCAAUUGGCCCAUCCGAUACUCCGCCAUCGACUCGGAGGGUUUGAACGUAGUCAUAGCCGGCCGGACGGGCAUCGCUCACUACUCGAUAUCGACCAGAAAAUGGAAAUUGUUCGGCAACGAAACGCAAGAGAAGGAUUUCAUCGUGGCCGGCGGUUUGCUGUGGUGGAAGGAGUACAUGGUGAUGGGCUGUUACAGCAUACUAGACAACGGCGAGGAGUUUCGGUUCUAUCCGCGCGAAUCGAAAUUGGACAAUAAAUUCGCCAGGAUAGUCAAGGUGCCCGCGCCGAUUUUGCUCAUCAACAUCCUGCACGAUCAAUUGAUCACGCUGGGAUCGAACGCUCAAGUGUGCAUAUGGCAAUUACAAUCGAACGAUAACGUUGGAGAUGUAGACGUGACGAAGACGCAAGUGGUCGAUAUUUCUGCAUUGGCGAUCCAUCCUGCUUGUAUAACUUCAGUGACACUGACUUGCGUACGUACGGAGACUGUAAAGAGUCAGCAUAACGCGUUUGAAAGCAUUUUAUUGAACGUAAGCGGUCGCCUACUGUUAGUUCAAAGAGAUUGUAGGCACGGUGAGAAAUAUACCUGUUUGUUACCUACGGUCCUCGCGAGUUGCGUGGAAAACGUUUGGGUGCCGAGGCAACGGAGAUUAGAUAAGGCUCACCUGACUGAGGCGCUGUGGCUGUUUUGUGGAUCGCACGGCAUGAGAGUCUGGUUGCCUUUGUACCCGCGAGAUGGAGAUAAAACCCACACUUUUAUGUCUAAACGGAUUAUGUUGCCGUUUCAUUUGAAAAUAUACCCAUUAGCUAUUUUAUUUGAGGAUGCUAUCAUAUUAGGUGCAGAAAACGACACAGUUUUGUACUCCUCGGAUUACAAUUCGCCGUUUUCUUUACCUUUGUGUAUUUUACAAAGAACAAGUCAGGUAUAUUUGCAUCAAAUUUUGAGACAGCUCAUUAGAAGGAAUUUGGGGUACCACGCCUGGGAAAUAGCGAGAAGCUGUAUGGGUUUACCGUAUUUUCCGCAUUCAUUGGAAUUAUUAUUGCACGAGGUUCUAGAAGAGGAAGCGACUAGUAAAGAGCCAAUUCCCGACGCUCAGUUACCCAGUGUUUUGGAAUUCAUCAUGGAAUAUCCGGUGUAUCUUCAAACAGUCGUCCAGUGCGCCCGGAAGACCGAAAUAGCCUUGUGGCAUUACCUUUUUUCUGUAGCGGGAAAGCCAAAGGACCUGUUUCAAGAGUGUUUGAUCAAAGGGGAAUUAGAAACAGCCGCGUCUUAUUUAAUCAUCUUACAAAAUUUAGAAAUACCAUCAGUGAGCAGGGAAUAUGCAACUUUACUAUUAAACACCGCAUUGGAGAAGUCCAAGUGGAAGUUAGCCAAAGAUUUGGUGCGAUUUUUGAGAGCCAUAGAUCCGAACGACGAAACCGAAUCGCCCCGAACAUCCUUUAUUCUAACCCCGAAGUUGGGCAUCGGUCAAACGACCGCUUCGGUGAGCCCCAACGCCGAAGACCUGUCGCUCAUUUUGGGAAACGUCCAAGGGCCUCGAGCGAGGAGCUACAGCACCACCGUAUCGCCCAAACUCGUUGAGAGAUCGAACAGCAAUCCGGGCAACGCGAGUAGUUCGAUGGAAUCGGAUAGGAAAAAAUCCGUGCCGAAUUCCAUCGCUAAUCCCAAAUCUGACAAGUUGCAAAAGAGUGCCAGUUCGGAGGUGUUUUUCAUAGACGAUAUAUUGCAGAAGCACGCGCGACGGCUUCUGUCCGCCCGCAGAUUGACCGAUUUGGGUUAUUUCGCGGCCCACCUCGAUUUCCACUUGGUUUCUUGGCUGAUCAAAGAACGAGAUCGGGCCGCUAGAAUCGACGAUUUCGUUAAAACGUUGAAACAGGUCCACGAGGACUUCGAUUGGCCUUAUCCUACCUCAAAUAUACCAAAUUUGAAAAAACAAACAGGUUCGCAAUCGCCUCUGGACGGAUUCGUUAAUCUAGAGGAUCAACUGAAGAGCCUAAUAGCGAAUCCGACGUUCAGUCACAUCGGCGACAGCGGUUACAUGUCGCUGAAGGACUUCCCGUACGGGGGCCAGGGGCUGCCCGUCGGGCCCCUCGAUCAGACGAGCCAGCUGGCCGAGAGCGAAUUGGACGGGCGCAGCGCCGUCGAGCCCAUCGAACGAAAAUGCGACGUUAUCGAUCGUCAAUCGGCCAAAAAAGUAUCCAUUAGCAGCUUCGAUAACAACUUCAACAUGGCAAUGAAAUCGACCAUACUGAACGCCGCUAGGGACGAGUUCGCCAUGAGCACGAUCAGUUCGCAAUGGGACGAAGACAGGGAGUUGUCUUCGAUUGGUACCGAUAAUUGGGAAAUUCCGUCCAGUAAAAUAUUAGAGCAGUUCUCCAAUUCGAAUAAAGGUUCCCAGCGAUCGGAGAUUCAAUUGAGGUAUUUGCUACAGCUGUUUAUGGAAGCGAAUUGUUUGGAAUGGUCGUUGGUUCUUUCGAUUCUGCUCAGAGACGCCAUGGCUGUCGUACGGCUCAUCAACGCUGCCAAAUCCCACGAUCAUCCCGCCGAAACGGUGUCGAGAUUGAGACAGGGCCUGUUGAUUAUCAAUUAUUGGACUAACACUGAAUGCUUGGGUUACUCGGCUUUUAUGCUAGCAAUAUACAAACAAAUAUCCGUCCUGACUAGGAUAAUCGAAGCGAAGGUGCAACAGCAACAGCUCCAGCAUCAAUCGAUCAAAGUGCAAUCGCCGCAGCCGAGCCGGUCGCGGAAAUCGAGCUCGAAUCAGGAAUGCAACAGUACUCAUUUAGGCGUUAAGGAAUCGUUGGUGCCGAGCGAGAGUCCCAACGAGAACAAAUCCGUCGAAGAGGAAGAAACUGCCAUCGAAGCGAAGCAGAGCCCGACGAGUACGGGCUGCGUCGUUUCGUAAUCAACGCGGAUUUACCGGAUGAUUAUUAUGUUUUUUAUACGUUCGUAAGUUCUACAUGGUGUUCAUAAAAUAGACGAAGAUAUUUUAGAGGGUGGGUCCUUGUUAACGCCCAUAUUCACCAAUUUCGGCUUGUUAACCUGAUAACUGUCAAUCUGAUAAAAUUUAACAGUCGGUUAACAAUAUUAAAUUUGUUAUUCACCAUGAUAUGUUUGAAGUACUUUGAGUUAAUUGAUAGUAAACCGACAGUUUUCUUAAAAAUAACCAAGAUUAUGUUGGUAUUAUGAUAUAGUUCUCAACUUCAUGCGGAAUUCA